GAGAUGUCCAAGGAAUAUGUUUUGCGGUGCGUCCUGAUGCUCUGCUUUGCGCUCCUCUCGGCCAACGCGAGUAACUGGCUGUACCUCGCCAAACUGUCGUCCGUGGGAAGCAUCAGGGAUGAGGAGACGUGUGAGAGGUUACGAGGCCUUAUCCAGAGACAGGUUCAGAUCUGUAAGCGCAGCGUGGAGGUGAUGGACGCUGUACGGCGCGGAGCCCAGCUGGCCAUAGACGAGUGUCAGUUCCAGUUCCGCAACCGUCGGUGGAACUGCUCCACUCUGGAGAGCAUGCCAGUGUUUGGCAAAGUGGUCACCCAGGGCACCCGUGAGGCGGCCUUUGUGUAUGCCAUCUCAGCAGCCAGUGUGGCGUUUGCGGUCACCAGGGCCUGCAGCAGUGGAGAGCUGGAAAAAUGUGGCUGUGACCACAAUGUGCAUGGAGUCAGUCCAGAGGGGUUCCAGUGGUCCGGCUGCAGCGAUAACAUCGCAUAUGGCGUGGCCUUUUCUCAGUCCUUUGUGGACGUGAGGGAGAGGAGUAAAGGCCAGUCGUCCAGUCGGGCCCUCAUGAACCUGCACAACAACGAGGCUGGCAGGAAGGCCAUCCUGUCGCACAUGCGUGUGGAGUGUAAAUGUCACGGCGUGUCCGGCUCCUGUGAGGUGAAGACCUGCUGGAAGGCCAUGCCGCCGUUCCGUAAGGUGGGCAACGUCAUCAAAGAGAAGUUUGACGGCGCUACCGAGGUGGAGCAGCGCAAGGUGGGCAGCACCAAAGUCCUGGUGCCCCGAAACUCCCAGUUCAAGCCUCACACAGACGAAGACCUGGUCUACCUGGACCCUAGUCCGGACUUCUGCGACUACGACCCGCGAACGCCGGGCAUGCUGGGAACAGUGGGCCGCCAGUGUAACAGAACGUCCAAGGCCAUUGACGGCUGCGAGCUGAUGUGCUGCGGCCGCGGCUUCCAGACGCAGGAGGUGGAGGUGGUGGACAGGUGCAGCUGUAAGUUCCACUGGUGCUGCUACGUCAAAUGCAAACAGUGCCGCAAAAUGGUGGAGAUGCACACGUGCCGGUGAUGGACGUGGGGGCACGGCUGGGAACUGCUGAUGAGCAAAACGCCCCGCACCCUCCUCCUCCACUGAGGCCGGAGGGAGGACGUAGGAAACGCCCUUUAAUCCUGCUUGAAUCCAUCCCACUCCUCCAGUUAUUGGUCCGAAUCUGAACAGACUCAGAGGCCAAAGGUCAUCCUGUUCAUUCUUUUGCCACAGUAAUGGCUAUAAAGUACAUUUUGCAUGGGAUUUCCUCCAAAACUACAGAGGCAGUUUGUUUCUUCUAAAGUAGAGAGCAUCUUUCACUUUCUGUCUCCCUCCAUCACUCUCACAUUUGGUUUGUCAUUGUUGUCGAUGCUUCUUAUUUUUGUAAUGUUUAACUUAUUUCUUGAGAGUGAGGAGACUGAUGGGGGCUGACGGAGAAGGAGAAGAAGGGCACAGGCGGACCAUAA